AUGAAAAAAGAUUUGGAACUCCUUAUUAAAUAUAUCCAGAAGUGCUAAAUCAGAAGUAUAAUGAAAAAUGAUUCAGCAUAUUCUUUUAAGUGGUUAUCCUCCAUUUGUUUGAAAAACCGAUAAAGAAACUUUAGCUAAGGUCUAAGCUAGAAAGUUGAUAUUUAAUAGAAGUUAUUGGUCAACUGUAUCAAGUGA